CCAAUAUAUCCCAAGAAUCACAGGACGAGCGAGAGUGCGUGAGAGCUUUCCGGAAAAAUCUAUAGGGUUAGGGGUUCUAAAGCCAUGGGAGGCGGAGGAGCAGUGAGAGCGGCGGCUAAGAUGUCCGGCAUCGGUGUCUUAAACGGUGGCAUUCGCAGGUUGCCUGUCAUGCCGCCUGCCGAGCACUCGGUGCGCAACGCCACCCGCCCCGUAUCCGCGAUCUUGUCUUCGUCGUCGGCGUCGUCCAAGACACCCUCCACCGAAGUGUCGUCGAUGCCGAGGGUAGUAUUCGAAGGCGUACCCAGUUUCCAGGAGGCGAAGGAGGCGACAGCGGAUUUAAAAGACGUUCUUGAGAAGGAAUAUCUGUCAUCACCGAAAUCCACUGGAUUUGGUGAUACAUUUGCUGCUGAUCAUGGUUCUGUCCUGUCUCCCCUUACAAACCCAGAGUUAGACUCUUGUGUCUUCUUUGAGGCUACACCAACUCCUGUGCAAAAAAAUGUCCUUCAGGCAUUUAAGUUCUUCAGUGAAAGCCCUAAAGCUCAGACUGUAGUUGCUUCAAUUGCAUCUGACCCAAAUGUCUGGAACGCGAUGAUGGAUAAUCCUAUGCUUAAGGAUUACUUGGCUUUAGAACAGAGAAAUGACAAUCCAGAACCACAAUCUCCCAAGAGAUUUGAAGAAUCAUCUGAUGGAGGUCAAACUGGGAGCAAAGAGAAUGGAUUUGCCCAUAUUACGGGUAUGAUGCAGAACAUUAAGCGUAAAGUACUUGAGAUGGUGAGCAACGUGUCCAAUUUGUUUCAGAACAUCUUCGGAGUUUCAGCAUCAGAUGGCAUUUCCUCCGAUUCCAAUGGAAAUACUAAAACGGCAGGAGCGACCUUAGUAGGAUUGGCGGUGAUGGUUAUGAUGUUGAUUUUGUUCAAGCGUGUCUAGACUUUCUACGCGGCCUCUCUGAGAAUUUGUCGAAUUAAGAAAUUCUAUGCAUGUUUUCUGCCAUGUACAUAAAUAAGAACGUUGUGAAAUUAAAAAAAUGAAAAAAAAAAUAAAAUAAAAUCAGUGUUUGUAGUACUAUUGUAAUUAAUUGCCCAUCAGUAGUAUCUAUAUGUGCAUGUGUUUGACGAGCGACUGUGUACUUUUGUUGGAUUGUGUUGGACGAGAUUAUC